UUCAGCCAAUCACACCCCGCCUCCUUAGCGUCAGAGACCUCAGAGCGGAUUUUGUCCUUCAGAUUAGCGUUGUUUAGUUUAUUUUCUUCAUUCUUUUUAUGGUAUAUCCUUGUUAGCUUUCGUCUAGCGAGUGAUAAAUUGCCACAAAUAUAUUUAUGGAGCAUGUAAUGCUUUGCUAUGGAGUUGUAGGAUGCAAGUUAGCACGCAACCCUAAAGUAGGCCGUGUCCCUAAUAGCGUCUGAUUGGGUAAGUAGUGCACUACAUAGGGCGCGGAAGCUAUUUAGUGUAGUGCGCGUAUAUAGGGAGCGAGCAGCUAUUUGGGUUUCGGCCACGCUUUGUUUAUUGGGACGUGACCGGUGUUAGCUUUGAAGCUUUCUGUCGUCUCGAAUAUCAGAAAAAGUCCCAUUUCUACCCAACUAUGGACUUGAGUGACUUUGAGGCGGAUAAUUCGGUCAGUUGUCGACUGUCCUCUCCUAUCCCUGAUCUCUGCAGGACUGAGGACUGCUGUCUGGGCAUCGACGAGGCUGGUAGAGGUCCAGUCCUGGGUCCCAUGGUUUAUGGAAUAUGUUUCUGCCCAGUGUCCAGAAAGGAUGACCUGAAGAACCUGAAAGUGGCCGACUCGAAGACGCUGACUGAGGCGGAGAGAGAGAAUCUGUUUCUGAAGCUGGACAAGGCCAAGAGCUUUGUGGGCUGGGCUCUUCAGAUCCUCUCACCCAAUACCAUCUCCACCAGCAUGUUACAGAGGGUGAAGUAUAAUCUAAAUGCUCUGUCUCACGAUGCUGCUAUUGGGCUGGUGCAGUACGCUCUGGACUGUGGAGUGCAGCUCAAAGAGGUGUUUGUGGAUACAGUAGGCCCGGCAGAGAAGUACGAGGAGAAGCUGUCUCAGCGUUUCCCCGGGGUGAAGGUGACCGUACGCCCCAAAGCCGACUCGCUCUUCCCCAUCGUCAGCGCCGCCAGCAUCUGCGCCAAGGUGGCUCGAGACCACGCGGUGAAAGGCUGGAAGUUUGUAGAAGACCUCGGGGAAGUGGACACCGAUUACGGCUCGGGAUACCCCAACGACCCAAAGACUAAGAGCUGGCUGUUGAAGUAUCUGGACCCGGUGUUUGGUUAUCCUCAGUUUGUGCGUUUCAGCUGGAGCACAGCACAGACUCUACUGGACAGCAAAGCGGUCCCAGUGCACUGGGAUGAUGACGAGGAGGACGGAGAGAAAGCAGCAGCUCGACAGAAUAACACGUCUGUAUUGUCCUACUUCAGCCGCAGCAAACCUGCCGGCAUCGCACACACACGAGAGACACACCGCUUCUUCACUGAGCGCAGAUUACAGAGCGUCAACACACUCUGAACACACACACACUGUACAAUGUAAACCUCUGUGACUUUGUCUUCUGAAAAAUAUGGUGUUGUAUUUGUUUUUAAACAAUUUUCUUAAUAUUCAAGAAAUAAAAUAAAAAUUUUAUACAUUA